CAUUAUUUAUUUAUCAGAUUAUCAGUUUUCAAUUCAUUUCAAUUUCAAUCUCGAAGGAGGGCAGACUAGGCUACUGGCGAACCUACAUUCUACCGGAGAAGAUUUUUCAGGACAAUGGCAACAUCUUUUCUUUUAAACAAUACUCACCUUUUAAAGGGAGUGAAACCAUUUAAGGAGAGAAUGAAAGAACAAGCCACCAAGGUCAUUCAACAGAGUGAUUAUUUAAAAGAUUUUAUGCUGAAGAUCCAGAAAGAAGGAUUGAAUGCGGCCUAUUUGGAACACGGCGACUGUCCACCUGGCCCAUCUCCUCCAACAAUAGGCGCAUCACAGGAAUUUGUUUCACCAAAGGAUGUUGAAUAUGACGUGAUUAUUGUUGGAGCUGGUAUGGCUGGUCUUGCCGCAGCGUAUGAGUUGAAGAGAGCUGGGCUAAAUGUGAAAAUCUUGGAGCAGACUGAUCGUUAUGGUGGAAGAGUUUUCACUUAUGGGGAAGAUGCAGGCCUUGCACCCGGUCUAUUUGGCGAAGCCGGAGCGAUGAGAUUACCUGGUGGUGUGGGGGCACCAAAUGAUAGAGCGCAUUUUCUAACGGAUGGAUACGUCACUGACUUUCAAAUAAGCAUCAAAAAGUUUCCAAACUUUGAUGAAAAUGGCAUUUCCAAUAUUUACGGAUUAAAGGAAAAAACAGCAACCUGGGAAAAACCCACUUCGACACUGUUUGGCCAAACUGGAGGAAAGGAAUUAAGACGGGAAGCAAGAAGAAAGGAGAAAAGGACGUCGUUAUUGACAAUAUUGGUAUAAUAUCCCAUUUCAAAUUCGAAUGUGAUUCGAAUAUGAUUUUUGUGCUCAGAUACUCACGACCCAGCCUAGUCUAAUGUGAUGUAACACGGAACUUUUACUUCAUUUCUUUUUACUAGUAGUUGCUCUCCGGAAAGACAAGCAUAGAUUGGUUUGGAAUUUUCAGUACCUAUAGCCUUAGGAAUAAAAUAUUAUAAUUAUUGGCCCAACACUUUGUCAGGGCGUCCAAUUCUGCAGCAAUGAUAUUCAGUAGUUUCAGCAGUAAAAUUAGAUGUGAACCUGAUACACAGUGUUAUGUUUCCUGUUUAAAACAUCAUCGUCGUUUAAUCGUUUCUUUCGUUUUUAACAAUAUUUAGAUGAUUAUUACAGCAAGACAACCGGCGUUGUCACCGAUCAAUUGAUUGCCUGGUUGAAUAAAACAACCACCAUUGAUGAGGAAAUCGCAGUUUGGGAUCGCUGGAUUGACAUUUGGAGCCAGUUUACAUUGGAAAGCUUUCUGGAGAGCAAUGUUAAGGUUAUUCGCGCAAAAUUGGAAAGCGAAGACGAAGACGGGUGUAAUAAUCUCGAUUCCUUAGACAUUGACAUGCUUGAAAACCUUUUGCCUUGGUCCGACGAUGCAGUUCGUGGCUACUCGGUGUUUUCUUACACAGAGCAACUGGACCAAUCAUUGGUUCAGUAUCUUCGUGAUCAACUUGGGAACUGGUGGUCACGUGAUAUGCAUACCUUAGUUGGUGGUAUGCACAGCUUAGCUGAAGCAUUCUUCAGUUCAAAACGAUCGAAGCCAUUGAUUUCUGAUGAUUUGAAACAUAACCAACAAGUUUGCAAGAUAUCUUAUUUUUCCUCGCCCUGUGACCCUAGCAAGGAUUGUGUCAUUGUAACCUGCUACGCGUCAGGAAAAGAUCCAGAAAUUACGUACAAAGCACGGGCUGUAAUCCUCACCACUCAAGUGAACAUACUGCUACAAAUUACCUUUGAACCAAUUCAAGCAAACACGAAAGACAACGAGGCCCUGAGAAAGAAUCUGCAAGCUAUUGAAGACAUGUUCACCGGACCUGCCACGAAGAUUAUCCUGCAAACCAAAACCAGAUUCUGGGAAGACGAGAAGUAUGCAAUCAAAGGUGGCUUUUCUAAGACCAACCUACCCAUCGGUCAAAUGCAUUACGUGAAGCCGGAUCCUGACUAUGUCACGUCCACCAAGCAAGGAAUAAUUCUGAUUUACACCUGGAAAAAUGAAGCACUGCUUUUUGGUUCCUUGAAAAAAGAGCAAGCAAAGAAGGAAGCCAUGGAACAAGUUGCAGAAAUCCACCCUGAAAUAGAAGGAGCAGUUGAAAAAUGCAUUGUCCAUGCUUGGUACAACCAACCCUCUUAUCAAGGUGCCUAUGGACUCUUGAAGACCACUCAAUUCAACAAUAUCAGAUAUUUAUGGGAACCAAUGGGAAAUGUGCAUUUUGCUGGCGAUAACAUAUCAUUUACGGCUGGCUGGAUUCAAGAAGCUUUGGAAAGUGGCUUCAAAUCCGCCUAUCAAGUUUAUGCACGUCACAUGAAGAGAGUGAAGUUAGGAAAAGAGGGAAAGAUUAACUAAAAGCAUAAUUUAUUAUUAAAGAUUUAU